CCGCUUCAGUUCAGCUUCAACUCCUCAGCGGUGUCCAUUAUACAAACUCAGCCUCGGAGUGGACGUUUAAAGCCCAAAAACACCGCGUUCCGAAAUGACUUCUGCGUCCGUUUUGUAUCCCGUGUAGAGGAUUAACGCGUUUACUCGCCGUACAUGUGUAACGCGUAACUUUUUAAGGUUUAAACUCGCGGAGGGGGACAGCGGUGUGAGGUCUGAGGAGCGUUGCUUACCAUGAAGCUUGCACUCGCGCCUGGGUUUCUCCUAACUUUGUGGCUUUGCGCUCAGAGUGUGUGUGGUAGCACGGAAUGUUCGUGUGGGAAGAAUCACUUCACGUGUGCGGUGAGCGUGUUCGGAGAGUGCACCUGCAUCCCGGCUCAGUGGCAGUGCGAUGGAGACAACGACUGCGGGGACCACAGCGACGAGGACGGCUGCAUGCUGCCCACUUGCUCUCCGCUGGAUUUCCACUGUGAUAACGGGAAGUGUAUCCGCCGCUCCUGGGUGUGCGACGGAGACAAUGACUGCGAGGAUGACUCGGAUGAACAGGACUGCCCUCCUCGGGAGUGUGAAGAGGAUGAGUUUCACUGUCAGAACGGCUACUGCAUCCGCAGCCUGUGGCACUGUGACGGAGACAACGACUGUGGAGACAACAGUGAUGAGCAGUGUGACUUGAGGAAGUGUUCCGAUAAGGAAUUUCGCUGCUCUGAUGGAAGCUGUAUAGCUGAGCACUGGUACUGUGACGGAGACACGGACUGUAAAGAUGGAACUGACGAGGAAAACUGCCCUGCAGACGUCAUGGCCGCUACAUGCAGUGUGGAAGAGUUCCAGUGCGCCUACGGUCGCUGCAUUCUGGACAUUUAUCACUGCGACGGAGACGACGACUGUGGAGACUGGUCAGACGAGUCCGACUGCUCCUCUCACCAGCCGUGUCGUUCAGCUGAGUUCAUGUGUAACAGUGGAAUGUGCAUCAACGCCGGAUGGAGAUGUGAUGGAGAGUUUGACUGUGACGACCAAUCAGAUGAGAACAACUGCACUGUACCCGUGUGUAUGGCUGAACAGUUCCGUUGUGCGUCUGGUCGCUGUGUACGGUUGUCAUGGAGAUGUGAUGGUGAGGAUGACUGCACUGACGGCAGUGAUGAAGAGGGCUGUGACAAAAAUGUAGGUCCGGUUCCUUCCUGUGCGUCCGAUCAGUUCCAGUGUGGAAAUGGCCGCUGCAUCGGCCAGCGCAAAGUGUGUAACGAUGUUAACGAUUGUGGAGACGGAACAGACGAACAUCCUCACCAGGAAUGCCGGCCCCGGUCAACUGAGGGGAACUGUAACAUAGGGAACGGUGGCUGCUCUCAGAAGUGUCAGAUGUCUCGAGGCUUGGUUCAGUGUAGCUGCCACACCGGAUACAGACUGAGAGAAGAUGGCAAGACCUGCCAAGAUGUGGACGAGUGUGCUGAGGAUGGUUACUGCAGUCAGGGCUGUACCAACACAGAGGGGGGCUUCCAGUGCUGGUGUGUUCAGGGUUACGAACUCCGACCUGACAAACGCAGCUGCAAAGCUCUGGGUCCCGAGCCAGUGUUGUUGUUUGCGAAUCGGAUCGAUAUCCGUCAGGUUCUGCCUCACCGCUCAGAGUACACGCUGCUGCUGAACAAUCUGGAGAACGCCAUCGCGCUCGACUUCCACCAUAGCAAGGAGCUGGUGUUCUGGUCUGACGUCACCCUCGACCGCAUCAUGAAAGCCAACCUGAACGGCAGCAAUGUGGAGGAGGUGGUGUCCACCGGGUUGGAGAGUCCAGGAGGUCUGGCAAUAGACUGGAUCCACGAUAAGCUCUACUGGACCGACUCGGGCACGUCGCGUAUCGAGGUGGCCAAUCUCGACGGCUCACACCGGAAAGUGUUGAUUUGGGAGAGUAUGGAGAAACCCCGCGCUAUUGCCCUGCACCCAAUCGAAGGGAAGAUUUACUGGACAGACUGGGGAAACACACCGAGGAUCGAGUACGCCAACAUGGACGGCUCAGGACGCAAGAUCAUCGCUGACACCAACCUGUUCUGGCCCAACGGACUCACCAUCGAUUACGCUGGUCAUCGCAUGUACUGGGUGGACGCCAAGCACCACGUGAUCGAGAGAGCCGAUCUGGACGGGAAAAACCGCAAAGCCGUGAUCAGCCAAGGUCUCCCACACCCCUUCGCCAUCACCGUGUUUGAGGACAGUCUGUACUGGACCGACUGGCACACCAAGAGCAUCAACAGCGCCAACAAAUUCACCGGCAAGAACCAGGAGAUCAUCCGCAACAAACUGCACUUCCCCAUGGACAUCCACACACUGCAUCCACAGAGACAACCUGCAGGUGGACGGAAUCGCUGUGGCUCCAAUAACGGCGGCUGCAGUCACCUGUGUCUCCCGAACAGUAAGACGUACUCUUGCGCCUGUCCCACGGGCUUCAGAAGAGUGGACCAGCACACCUGUGCUCUGAGUCUUGACAAGUUCCUGCUUUUUGCCCGAAGGACGGACAUCCGUCGCAUCAGCUUCGACACCGACGACAAAUCGGAUGACGUCGUCCCGCUGGCGGACGUUCGUAACGCCGUGGCGCUCGACUGGCACGCCAAAGACGAGAAAAUCUACUGGACCGAUGUCACCACCGAUUCCAUCAACCGCGCACUGUGGAACGGGUCGGAACAGGAAGUUGUUGUGGACACCAGUCUGGAAAGUCCUGCAGGUCUCGCUAUUGACUGGCUCACACACAAACUCUACUGGACUGAUGCAGGUACAGAUCGCAUUGAGGUGUCCAACACGGACGGCAGCAUGCGCACGGUGCUCAUUUGGGAGAACCUGGAUCGUCCUCGAGACAUUGUGGUGGAUCCUAUCGGAGGGUUCAUGUACUGGACAGACUGGGGAGCGAACCCUAAAAUCGAGCGAGCUGGAAUGGACGCGUCCAAUCGCGGGGUCAUCAUCUCCACCAACCUGACAUGGCCUAACGGAUUAGCCAUCGAUUACGAGACACAGCGACUUUACUGGGCCGACGCCGGCAUGAAGACCAUAGAGUUCGGAAACUUCGAUGGCUCGGACAGACAGGUGCUGAUUGGCAGCCAGCUGCCUCAUCCAUUUGGCCUCACGCUGCACGGAGACAAGAUCUACUGGACGGACUGGCAGUCCAAGAGCAUCGAAAGCGCGGACAAAUUGACCGGUUUGGGACGAAGCACGCUAGCAGACAACUUGGAGAACCUCAUGGACAUCCACAUGUUCCACCGACACAGAGAAGCAGUCCAGACCGCAUGCUCAGUGAAUAACGGCGGCUGCAGUCAUCUGUGUUUAUUGGCUCCUGCUCCUAAAGGCUCCAGCUGUGCCUGUCCUACUGGAAUAAACCUUCAGGUGGACGGAAAAACCUGCACUCCAGGAAUGAACAGUUUCCUGAUCUUCGCUCGGAGGACAGACAUUCGGAUGGUUUCUCUCGACAUCCCGUAUUUCGCCGAUGUGGUGUUGGCUGUUAACGGCUCCAUGAAGAACACCAUUGCCAUCGGCGUGGAUCCCAGAGAGGGUAAAGUGUAUUGGUCAGACAGCACACUGAAGAAGAUCAGCAGAGCAAACAUGAACGGCUCAGGACACGAGGACGUCAUUUCCACCGGUCUGAUGACGACCGAUGGUCUUGCUGUUGAUUCAGUAGGAAGGAAAAUCUACUGGACCGACACAGGAACCAACCGCAUCGAAGUGGCCAAUCUGAACGGAUCCAUGCGGAAAGUUCUGGUAUGGAAAAACCUGGACAGCCCACGUGCCAUCGCUCUGUAUCACGAAAUGGGCUUCAUGUACUGGACAGACUGGGGUGAACACGCCAAGCUGGAGCGAGCGGCGAUGGACGGUUCUGACCGUGUGGUUCUGAUCAGUAAUAAUCUGGGCUGGCCAAAUGGACUCGCCAUAGACAAAGCUGGGUCACAGCUCCUCUGGGCCGACGCCCACACAGAGCGAAUCGAAGCGGCAGAUCUGAACGGUUCGAACCGCAAGACGCUGGUUUCUCCAGUUCAGCACCCAUACGGCCUUGCGCUGCUCGGUCCGCACAUUUACUGGACCGACUGGCAGAGUCGCAGCAUUCAGAGAGCUGACAAAAACACAGGAGACAACAUCAUCACCGUGCGAUCAAACCUGCCCGGACUCAUGGACAUCCAGGCCAUGGACAGAGACAGACCUCUGGGUUUUAAUCGCUGUGGUCGGAAUAACGGCGGCUGUUCCCACCUGUGUCUGCCGCGCCCCAACGGCACGUCCUGCGGCUGCCCUACAGGCAUUGUUCUGAAGAGCGAUGGCAGGUCGUGUGAUGACAUUCCUGAGUCUUACCUGCUCUUCUCCAACCGCGUCAGCGUGCGUCGCAUCUCCCUGGACACCAGCGACCACACGGAUGUCCACAUCCCCGUCCCUGAGCUGCACAAUGUCAUCUCACUCGACUACGACAGCGUGCAGGGCAAACUGUACUACACCGACGUCUCGCUAGACGUCAUCAGACGGGUGAAUUUGGACGGGAGCGGGAUGGAGACGGUGGUCAGUCAGGGUCUGAGGACUACAGAUGGCCUGGCAGUCGACUGGGUGGCCAGGAACAUGUACUGGACCGACACGGGUCGAAACACCAUCGAGGUUUCCAGACUGGAUGGAUCAGCACGGAAAAUCCUGAUCAACAACAGCCUGGAUGAGCCGAGAGCCAUCGCCGUGUUCCCCAGUAAAGGGUAUUUGUUCUGGACAGACUGGGGUCACAUUGCUAAAAUCGAGCGUGCUAAUCUGGAUGGGUCGGACCGCAAAGUUCUGAUCAACACGGACCUUGGCUGGCCGAACGGACUCACACUGGAUUAUGACACUCGCAGGAUCUUCUGGGUGGACGCACACCUGGACCGCAUAGAAAGUUCCGACCUGAGUGGCAAACUGCGCCAAGUCUUGGUCAGUCCGGUAUCACAUCCGUUUGCUCUCACACAGCUGAAGCCGGUUUCCUCUCCUCUAAUUCGUUUCUCCCGCAUCUCGCAGCAAGACCGCUGGAUCUACUGGACAGACUGGCAAACAAAAUCAAUCCAGAGAGUGGAUAAACACACGGGUCGCAACAAGGAGACCGUUCUCGCUAAUGUUGAGGGGUUAAUGGACAUUAUUGUGGUGGCACCAAACCGUCAGUCUGGCACUAAUCACUGCGGAGUCAAUAACGGAGGCUGUACGCACCUCUGCCUCGCCAAGUCCAACGGGUUUGUGUGCGCAUGUCCAGACGAGCCGGACGAGCGGCCGUGCUCCACCAUUGCCGGUUAUGUUCCUGUCAUGCCGGACAAAGUGACCGCUGGGACUCAAGCUCCUAACAAACGCGCAAAACUGCCGACAGACAAACCUCAGCAGGGCCGACCCGCACAGAACUGUACAGAGAAGAGCGGCGCCGUGGACGGCUGCGUUCAGAGUAAUGUGGUGUCCGCUCCACACGGUGAAGGCCUUCACAUCAGCUAUGUGAUCGGAGGAGCGCUGACAGUGCUGGCCAUCCUCAUCCUCAUUGCCGUCUUCAUCAUUUACAGGCACAAAAAAUCAAAGUUUGCUGAUCCUGGAGUGAGCAACCUGACGUACAGUAAUCCCUCCUACAGAACAUCAACACAGGAAGUGAAAAUAGAAACUGUGCAGAAACCACCCAUAUACAACCAGCUACGAUAUAAAAAAGAGCAGGAGGGCAAUUACACCAAUGAGAAGAUCCGUAUCGUGGAGGGGGUGUGUCUCCUCUCAGGGGAGGAGCUUUACUGGGAGGAUCUGAAGCAGCUGAAAGUGUGUCGAGGAGGCACCUUCAAAACCUGCAUGCGCACCGACACCGUGUCCUUACAGGCAAGCUCCGCCUCCCUUCAGGCAAGUUCUGCCUCCUUGGACGACACAGAGACCGAACAGCUGCUUCAGGGCGACCAAUCAGAAUGCUCGAGUCUGAACACUGCUCCUGUGGCCACGCCCAAACGCCACAGCACGCUCCCCGACACGGGCUGGGUCCCAAAUCGCAAACCCUCCACUGAGAGCGAAGUGUAAAGCUCACACACACACACACACAGCACUGGCCAUCACCAUCCAGUCAGUGGACGGACAAUGCUGACACUAAGUGUUUUGUUUUGUUUUGUUUUUUUGCUGAGAAAUAUGAAUUACAGAACAGGGACAAUUUAAGAUAUAUCGAUAUAUCAGUAUACUGAAAACUAUUUGUUUUUUGUUAUUUGUCAAAGACAGAUUAUUGUGUAUAAAGUGAUGCGCUUUUUCUUGUGCAGACUCGUUAGUAAACACAAGAAGUUUUUUUUUGUUUGUUUGUUUUAAACCCGGUUGCUGCAGCCCCUUGUCAGUUUACCAAUUUUAUUUAUCUAAAUAUCGUUGUUCGUUCUUAAAGUGCUAAAACUGCUAAAGGCCUCACAGGACUCGGAUGAAUGACUGCGCCUAAGUACCAAGCGCUGUCCUGGUGCUUUCUGAACCUCCUGAGAGAGAGAGAGAGAGAGAGAGAGAGAGAGAGAGAGGCUCAACACAAACCGCCUCAUGAUGGACACGUUGCUUCCUUUUUACUCAUUGUCUAUCUCUCUUUUAUUUUUUAUUUUAUUUUUGGAAAACAUUAUGUAUUUGACUGACUGUUAAAAAGGAACGGCUCAGUCAGAAUUGAGGCUCACACACACACACGUUCCUCUUAGCCCAAACAUAGCCAUUCAGUCAAAACAUGACGACUUAUUCAUAUUUUUUUCCUGUGCUGUUUUCUGGACGUUGCAAAUUCUUUUUUGUCCUGAUUUGAAGAACUCCUGAGAUCAUGUAGCAGUACAUGAGUGUGAUUCCUGCAGUGGAAUAAUAGCACUAGGAUGCAUCUAUUUCAGUCCCUGGCUAAGCUAAAAGCAGCUGUGCCCUAUCCGUGUUGCACAUCACUUAUCAUGAGAACAGCACAGAAAAAAAUUAGAAAUCGCUCGGCAAUGAAAAAGCUGUGUCUGGGGUUUGGCGCGAGAGGACUAGUGUAGUUUUGACAACUCUUAAAUAAAUUCAUGGAGUAUUUCAUCAUCAUCAUGAUGCACAACAGUCAUGAAACCAAGUUAAGUAUUGCGUGAUGAUUCGUUUCUCAUCAUCCCUGAUACAGAAGACUAUCUCACACACACGUGCACAAAAGCUGUACGGAUGAAGUGAACGUUCCAAAUUUUGGUGGUGAUGUUUUCUUCACCCGUAUUUAUGUUUCUGGAGUUGUGUUUGGCUCACACAGUGUACCCAGUGAACGGACACACACACACACACACAUAUACUGGGCUAUAGAUCAGUGAUGCAUUGAAGUUCAUUACUCAUGUUUCAGCGCUAUGCUGAUUCGCUGCUACCCCACACACACACACACACACAUCCUGUAAUGAGUGUUAAUACAGUACACUGAAGCCCCCCCCCCCCCGCGCUUUUUUUUUUUUACUUUACUCAGGCAAGCUAUGAAACCGUUAAACUCAACAAAAUUCUUCCCUUAGGAUCAAAUAAAGCUUCUUUCUCUCUGAACUUCAUCUAGAAGUGAUAGUGGUGGUGUGUGGAAAUUGGCACUAGUUUUUCCUUCACAUAUUCUUCUUACAUUCAGAUGGCUAACUAGAUAGCAGCGGGUGUGUUAGUGUGCUUCACUUCGAAAUGCUAUGUUAAGUGGUGCUUUAACAGGUGUGUGUGUUUGCGGAUGACUAGAAGCUGUAGUCAGUGAGAUGUGUGUGUUUGUGUGGAGAGAGAGGCGCUAAUCAGAAAUGCUAGCUAGCAAUAAACAUGGAGAGUGUGAUGUCACUACUCGAUCCGUACGGGAAACAUGAUUUGUACUGCGCAUGUGUGAGGAAGAAAUUAAGGUGUUCUGCGCAUGCGCGAAAUUGCUGCCAAUUAUUAGCGGUAUUGUAACUAUCAUUUGUAUGAUAAUGGUAUUGUAACGAUCCGUACACGAUUUGUUCUGCGCAUGCGUGGAAUAGUGACAAUACUGUUAUAAUGCUACUAAUGUUAUGUGUUAUUAUUACUAAUAAUAUGUGUUGUUGGCAGCAUGCGCAGAGCAAAACCUUGAUUUUUCUCGCACGUGCGCAGUACAGAUCGUGUUUCCUGUAGAUGUGUGUGUUUGUGUGGAGAGAAAGAGAGGCGCUAAUCAGAGAUGCUAGCUAGCGACAAACGGAGAGAUUUGUGAAAAUAAAAGGGUUUGUUCCGCGCAUGCGCGAAAUUAAUGCGAACAACAUGAGCAGUAUUGUAACUGUGAUGUGUACUGCGCAUGCGCUGAAUAGUUACAAUACUGUUAUGAUGUGGUGUUGCCAGCAGUGUCGCGCAUGCGCAGAACAAAGCGUGUCUCCUUUUGGAUCGCGUAGUGACGGCGACAAUACUACUAAUAAUGUUUCGCGCAUGCGCAGAACAAAACCUUACGAUACCAUGUUUAUCGCUGGCUAGUAUCUCUGAUUAGCGCCUCUCUCUCUCUCUCUCUCUCUCUCUCUCUCAUUCACACAAUUUCCGAUUAUAACAACAGUAUUAUAAAUCGUUUCGUCAUACUUCAGACGCAUUUCUGCACAUGCGCAGUAAAAAUCGUGUUCAGCUCGAGUAGUGACAUGGUGUAUGGAAUACACUCAGAUUUAAUCUCGGCACAUGCCCUGCUGACACACACACACACACACACACACGGGGCUGGACGGAGGAAAUGAUGGACUCGGCAGCUACUUCAGCUUCGGCUCUCAGCUUGUUUUCUCUGCCUCUUGUUUCUGUUUUUGCGAGACAUUUCAAAAUGGGCGCCACACACACACACUGUACAGAAUUGAAAGUGCAGAGAAGCAUUUCUACAUGUUUAAAAGAUGUUUUAUUGUUAUUGUUGUAUAGUUCCUCUUUUUGUACAAAGGGAUUUUUAAAAAAAUUGUGAACGUUUUUUUUUUCCUAAUUUAUUAACACAAAGUCAGCUUUCAUUUUCUUCUCUGUGUGCAGCUUUAGCAGCAUCAAUAAUAAUAAUAAAAAUAAUAAUCUAUAAUUUAGAAAAGUUUGAACAGCUAUCUCUACUAAUUUUGCUUGAAAUGAAUUUCUUUAUCGGAGCAGCGCGUGCGUUAUUCAGGUUUAUAAUGCAGUAUGUGAAGGACGUUUCGAAACCAAAUCUUUAUUUGUCACAUAUACAUCACUGCACAGUGAAAUUCUUUCUUCGCAUAUCCCAGCCUUGGAGGUUUGGGGGUCAGAGCACAGGGUCAGCCGUGAUACAGCGCCCCUGGAGCAGAGAGGAUCAAGGGCCCAAUGGUGGCAGCUUGGCGGUGUUAGGGCUUGAUCCCUGAUCUUCCGGUCAACGACCCAAAGCCUUAACCACUUGAGCUACCACCGCCGUACAUUUUAGUUCAAGUUGAGCUUCACGUCUGGGUUCUUGAUGAGUUUCAUUCCUGAGCUGUAAGCAAAGCAGAGAAUCUGGACACACAGCAGCUUCUGCACGCAGAGAAGAAAUAAACCCGGCUGAAGAAAUGACUCCUCCUGACUUUUGUGAAAAGAAAAACAAAAAAAAAGAAGCAUUUCAUUGCCAAAUUGCUUGAACAGUCCCUUUCUUUUCACUCACUGGAGACUAAGGACUUUAAUGAACCACUUUUUGGAGUCGUUUUUGUUCUCCCCA